AUGGGACCCCUGCGGCCCGUCCUGCUGCUGCUGCUGCUGCUGCUCGUUUAUAAAGACACUCUUGGGGAAGCUCAUUUUAGAAACCGAAGAGGAAUUCUUGAAUUAGCUGGAGCAAUUAGAUGCACCACAGGACGAUCUCCCUUUGCCUACCUACGUUAUGGAUGCUACUGCGGACUGGGAGGAAGAGGAUGGCCCAAGGACAGAGUAGACUGGUGCUGCUUUGACCAUGACUGCUGCUAUGAGAAGGCAGAACAAGCAGGUUGUCACCCUAAGACAGAAAGGUACCACUGGGAGUGUGAAGACAAUGCUGCUGUGUGUGACUCACUAGAAGACCAAUGUCAAAAAAUAGCAUGUGAAUGUGAUCGUGAAGCCGCCAUAUGUUUUUCUAAAGCUCCCUAUCAUACAAAAUACCUUUUGUGGCCGGACUUCAUGUGUGGUGAGAUUCAGCCUUUAUGUAGGUACUAGAUGUCAGACUUCAUAAGAACUCUGUAUGUAUUAAAAUCUAAAAUGACUUUUUUUUUUUUUUUGGUCACAGUAAUGAAAACUAAUUAUUUUCCCCUUUCUUGAGCCUCCUUCCUGCCACAUCAGCCUCUCUACCCUAAAA